AAUUUAGUUUAAUUUGCUUCUCUAAACCCAACAAAAACACAACACGACAGGGAGCAAAAAUAUUUUGCCAAUGAGUCGCAGACAGUCAUUGGAUCGACCAGGAAUAUUGUCUCCUCCGGGUCCGUUUCUGACGCCCAGUCCAUCGCCAUCGAUCUCAGCUAGCCCUCGUCUGCAGCCAUCGCCCUCGCUAUCGCCGUUCCCACAGGAUGUGGUGCUCGUAGCCGGUGGCAGUCAAGUAAACGCCAACAGCAAUCCCCAAGAACACGAGCGCAAGGCGGCGACGCCUGGCAGGAGACAGUCCAUCCACCAGUUCACCAAUGGCAGCCCCAACGCUGGAACCGUCGUUUUCCAGCCGAGCCCCUCCCAGUCACCGGCCGCUGCCACGACGGUCAUCGGCGUGACCAGUGGUGGCCUCAUUGCCACCGCCGCCGGAGCUGGAGCUGGAGCCGGGUUAACGGGAUCACUCGGAGCCGGUAGCAGUUCGGGACUGGGAGUAGGUGUUGCCCUGCACAGCAAUGCCAUUGGAAACGAGCUGAAUGCCACGCUUGUGGGAUCCAACAACAUCCAGCUCAAUAAGAAGGGCACAAAACGGGCCACACAGCAGCAGCAGCAGGUGCAGCAACAGUUGGGCCACCAGAUCUUCAGUAGCAGCGCCGUUGCACCCACCUCGAUCAGCAGCGCGACAGCGGUGGCAGCCGGCGGCGGAGGCUAUGGACAGCUCAAUGCCACCGCCAUCAGCACGCCCACCUCGUUCGCUACGACCGGAAGUGUGGUCAGCAGCGGCUCCAAGGGCCCGGCGAAGGGUCAGAAGGCUCAGCAGCAACAGCAGCAGUUCCAGCACUAUCAGAGCAGCAGUCCUCUGAUAGCGGACAGCCCCAUCCCAAGUCCCAGCGGCGCCAUAACAGCGGCUGCGAUUAAACCGCCAACACCGCAGCCACAGCCCGUGCAAAUGCUGCCCCAGCAGUUUACCAUCUCACAGCAGCCGCAGCAGCAACAGCAGGGGGCCCAGCAGGUCUUCCAGUUCAUCCAGGGACCGCAGGGCCAGCUCAUAGCCACCAGUCAGCCACAGCAGCAGCAACAGCACCAUCCGAUCCAGCAGCAGCAGCAACAGCACCCGCCACAGCCCCUCCAGCAGCAGCAGCAGCAGCAGGCACAUCGGUUCGUAAGCAAUGCUGGACUCACCACCGGCAAGAAUGGCAAGGCCCCGCAACAAAUCCUGCCCAAGCCGGAGCUCCAGCAGCAGCAGCAGAAGAAGGGCUCCCAAGCUGUCGGAGGAGGGGCACAGAUCUCGCAGACGUCGCAGCAAACCACCAAUCCCACCCAGCAACAGCAGAUUCUGUUGCCAGCCACCACCGGCCAGCCACAGCAGUUGCUGCUCAAUCAGAUGCCCGUUUUGGUGCAGCAGAAUCCACAGGGCGUGCAGCUCAUCCUGCGCCCGCCUACGCCCCAGCUGACGGCGGCGCCUUCGCUAGUUAUCCAGCAGAAUGCCAGAGGACAGCCUCAACUGCAGACGCAGCCGGCGCAGCAGCAACUGCUGCGGAUAGUGGGCACAAAUGGAGCGACCAUGCAGCUGGCUGCCGCGCCCACCUUCAUUGUGUCGUCGCAGGCGAACCUCAUUCAGCAAACUGCCUCGGGCCAGUUCCAGAGCGCCAUCAAGACGGGCACGCAGCUAACGGGUCUCCAUGCGGCACUGGCUCAGGCCCAGGCUCAGGCGCAGGCGCCACGAUCUCAGCCGUUUGCCACGACGGCCACACUGAACACCCAGCUCCUUGGCCAGAGCGUUGCUGCCCAGCUGCAGAACCUACAGUUGGCGGCGGCGGCAGCCCAAAUCCAGAUGCCCAACGGUCUUACAACCAUAUCCCAACUGCCAGCCCAUCUGCAGCAGAGUCUGGGCGGAGCCACCAUCAACCUAAACCAGCUGAACGGAGCUCACAUCCAGCAGAUAGCCACCGCCUUUCAGACGCCUCAGGCACCAGGAGCGAACAGCUCAGGGGCUACCAGUACGGCGACGGAGCUCUUCACCCAAUCCUCGCCGGCCCAUGUCCCACUGGCCGUUACCCCCGAGCCGCUACGCCAGUCCACGCCGGUGCCCAUGAUGCAGCAGCACCAGCAGGCGGCGAUGGCCACGAUCCAGCUGCAGCAGCAGCAGCAACAACAGCAGCAGGCGCAGAUCCAGCAGCUGCAGCAUCAGCUGCAGCAAACCCAAUCCCAGGUGCAGCAGGCCCAGCAAUCAGUCCAGGCGGCAGAGCCCAAAAAGAAGCCCAAGCCGCGAAGGAAAAAGCAAACGGUAGCAGCAGCGGCGCCAGCUACAACACCCACUGUGGCUCCCAUGGAGGUCAGUGGUGCUUGCACGCCGCAGAAGAUAGCUAUAGCUGCCGCGCCCGCUCAACCGCUGGUUACAAUACGUUCCAAGUCACCAUCGCCGCCACCGACGCACAUCCAGCGGAGCAGCAACGGCAAGCUGGAUCUCGGCGAUGUGAUGAAGUUCUGCGGCAUCACGGGUGACGACGACGACGAUGAGGAUUACGGAAUGGGCCUGGAAACCCAUCCAGCAGAGCCAGAGCCCCCGGCGCAAGCCCAGGCAACCCCCAGCGGAACGGCAACGGGCAGUAGCAGCGGCGACAUCAUGAUCUCCAUACCGAACCAAAACGGCAGCGAUGGCCUGCCCUUUACCCUGACCAUUCCUGCCCCGCAGACUCAGCACCAGCCGACGACGGGAAGCGAAUCAGCCACCGAAAUACCAAAUAUCCUCAUCAAGAUUGAUCCCAGCGCGGAGGCAGCGGUGCCGCCGUUCGGUCUCUCCACGCCGCGCUUGCCCACGGCUGAGGAGAUACAGAAGCAGGCGCAGCAGCAUCUUGCCCAGCAGGCAGCAGCAGCCGCUGCAGCGGCGGCCAAGGCAAGCUCUGCCACGCCCACCAUCAACAUUAGCCUGCCCAGCAUGACGUUGCAGCAGCAACAGCAGCCGCAGGUGACGCCGACGCCCAUUAUUUCCCCUGCCCCGGCUGUCAACCAAUCCAAUCCGGUGGCCACCACCACGGCAGCUGUGAAGCCCAGAAGAAAGCCAGCGGUCCGAAGGAACACAAAAAAACCGGAGCUAACCAGCACCGUCAGCACCAUGAUCUCCUCCAGCAACAGCGGCACCACCACCACCAUCACGAGCCUGAACAGCAGCAUCAGCAUUAGCAUGCCCACCACAGUCAACACCAUCACCCUAACAACGCCGUCGGCCACGCCCACGCCUACGCCUGUAACGACGAGCAGCAGUAGCAGCAGCAGCAAUCCCACGCUAAUGCUCAGCCACGGCACUCCAACGGCCGUGCCGAGUCAGAUUGGCAACAUUCAGAUCUCGCAGGUUCCAAAUCACCAUCCCUCGUCCUCCUUGCCGGUGAGCAGUGCCGUGGAGAAUAAGAUUCAGAUCAUGCCGAUCCUGCCGCCUGGAGCCACAGUAAUGGGAGGAACACCAGCACCCGGAGGAGGAGGUCAUGCAUCCACUGCCAGCCAACAAUCCACACAACUUGUAUUCCAGCCUGCAACGCCAUCAGUGGCCCCGACGAUCAGCACGGAUUCAAGCGCCGGACUGAAGCUAUCCGGCGAUGGCAGGCAAAUGCAACUGGUAGCCAUACCACAGGCCACCCCUCCACCGCCGCCACCGCCAGUGGCCACGCCCACAUCCACGCCAACUCUGACUGCUGGUGGAGCAACGAUACUGCCGCCGCAGCUAACCGGAAUGCCCGCCAAUGUCUCGGUUUCAGUGGGAUCUCCCGCCUCGGCGGCCGCUCUGGUGCCGCAGCUCACCGGCAGUCUAACGCUGACCGUGUCGGAGCAGUGCGAGAGACUGAUACUGCGCCACGAUCCGAACAAUCCGCAGGAUCACCAGUCGCAGCUCAUCUUGCAGGCUCUGCUCAAGGGCGCCCUGCCCAAUGUGACCAUCAUCAAUGAGCCGACGCGUGUGGAUCCCAGCAAACAGCUGGCGCAGCAACAGGUUAUCCAGAUCCCUCAGCCACAGGCAAUAGUUCAGCAGCAGCCACAGGCCCAGACGCUGCCCAAGGUUUCAGCAACUCCCAAGAUUGAAGUCAAAGUGACCAACAAUAGGAAAUUAUCGGGCCAAGGAGGAACUCAUCCGGUCAGCAGCAGCAUGCUGGGAAUGACCAGUGGAACGACGUCGACGACGACGACGACCAUGAAGCCACCGGCCGCGCUGCCUGCCAAGCCUAACGAGGUUGUCUCCUUUCCGCCACUGCCUCUCAACUCGCAGGUUCUCAUUCAGCAGCAGCAACAGCAACCAAUGCUGCAGCCCGUGACCCAACCGGCCACCAUCUCCGUCCCAGUGCCCUCACCUGCUCCUGCGCCUGCUCCCCAGCUGGCCAACAAUGGCCAGCAGCGUUACAUUGCCCUGCCACCCAUUGAUCCCACCACGCAGCAGUUGUUCUGCCUGAACAGUGUGACUAAUCAGAUCACGGCCAUGAGUGCGGGGCAGACGGCAGCCUCGAUAGGACCCACGGAGCGUCUGCUCAUCGCUCCGGCCGGGAUCAAUGCCCAGCAGCUGGCGCAGUGUCUGCAGCUGGGACAGCUCCACUUCAACGAUGUGAAUCCCUUGCCCGCUCAGCAGCAGCAGGCGGCGAUCUCCGGUUCCAGCUCUCUGACCCUGUCGCUUCCAUUGCGCCCACAGCCUCCCCAACAACAGAUUGUGCAUCCCAUUCAGCCGAUCACGAAUGGAUUGGCCAUUACCACCACGGCCAGCAGUACGCUGACCACUACCACCAGCAGCACCACGUCCACAACCACCACGGUGACCAAGCAGGUGGCCAAUGUCGCGCCAAUUAUAGAUCAAAGCAAGGCCAAACUAGAGCCGGCCAAGGCGGCACCCAGUGGAAGCGGUGGAGGAGGAGCAGGAGUGGUUAAGAAGAAGCCGGUGAGAAAGCCCAAGGCAACGCUUACCUCGGAUUUGGCCAACCUAAAGAACGCGGGCGUGGUGAAGCCAAUGCCCAAGCUAGAUCCGCUGUCGCAGAAGCCCAACAACAAUCCCGUGCAGAUUGUGCAGCCGAAUGUGGCCAGCGGAAAGCAGAUGAUCAGCAGCCAGACGACGACCACCACCACGACCACGAUGAGCUGCAGCAUCCAGCCUUUUCAGACGACGAGUGGCACCAAGCUGGUGGGUGUGACAGUGCCCAUGCAGCAGCAACAGCAGCAGCCCUCGGCAGCGAUACUGCAGCAGCAGCAGCAGCAACAGCAGAGGACGAGCUUCAGUCUGACCACCACAACAGUGGCCACAUCGGCGGCACCAAUAGCGUCGUCGCCCACAGUGGCUUCCGUUGUCAGUCAACUGCAACUGCCGUCGCAACAACUGCAGCAGCAGCAGUUGCAGUUGCAGCCCCAGCAGCAGCAGCAGCUUCAGGGCCAACCCAAGCAGCAGCCACAGCCGAACACCGUAUCCCGGGUGCAGACCAUCCAGCUGACGCCGCAGAUGCAACAGGUGUUCAAGCAGGUGCAAAUGCAGAUCCAGUUCCUCACAAUCAAGCUUCAAAACAAGGCCACCUUCGUGCCCGUGGUGGCACAGGAAAUCGAUCCGGCCACAAUUGCAGCCUACAACAAACCUAUGACCGAUGUGGAGAUCAAUCUGGCACUGCAGCGACUCUUUGCCGAGCAGCACAGGAUCUUGGCCUCCGGCAAGGAGGUGCCCACACCCGAGGGCAUGCUGCCCACAGCAAAUGGUAGUGGUGGCUUCACCCUUAUGUCGCAGCCAAUACAGCAGCAGCAACAGCAAAAACAGCAGCAGCAACAGCAACUACAACAGCAGCAGCAACAACUGCAGCAGGCGGCACUUGCUGAGCCACUAAAGUCUACUGUCCUUCCUGCCAAUGUGGUGCAGCCUAACAAUCACUCGUCCUCCACGGCAGUAGCAGGAGGAAGCUCCACAGGAGCUGCUGCGAAUAUAACCCAAAGAAUUCACAUUUAUCCCAUGCAGCACCAACAGCAGCAGCAACAACAGGCGGCCACCAAGCAGAAGCUGGCACAGCAACCAAAAGCACAACAGCAGGAGCAGCAACUGCCACCGCAACUGCAAAUAAAACCCAAAGAGACAGUAAGCCGAAAUAAAGCCAACAAUCAGCAGAUGCAACAGAACCAGCAGCAGCAGCAGCAGUCUAAUGGAAGCCUCAAUAUGUUGCCACAAAAAAUAAAUAUGCUGCCCGUGGUCCAGCAACAACAGCAGCAGCAACAAGCUCAGCAACCAGUGCUGAGCAAGAAUGGACCGCCACCACUGAUUUUUGCCAGCUCCACAAAUCUGCUAAACAGCAGCAUCAGCAGUAGCAGUAGCAGCAAUGCACCUCCGCUCACCAUGCAAGGAAACACCAUGCUGCCCAUUCCGCCGCUGCAGCCCCAGCAACAACAGCAGCAGCAGCAGCAACAGCAUCAACAACACCAGCAGGCGCCACCGAUACAGCAGCAACUUACGCCGAUCCUGCCACCUGUGCCACUACCAGGAGGAGGAGGAGGAGGAUUGGGCAGCCUAGUCCCAUCGCUGCCAACUAUAAUGCCAAGCCUGCCCCUCUACAGUCUGCCAAGCAAACUGGACGAAAUGCCCACGCAGAAACCCAAAAUUGCACGCCUCUCCUUAUUCGUUCGCCAACUGGAGGUCGAUCAGGAGAGUUGCCUGAAGCCGGACUAUGUGAAGCCUUUCCGCACCAAAGAUGAGGCGGUGAAGAGGCUGAUAAGGUACCAUUGCAUGCACGAAAACGAUGUGGAGCUGCCCUCGGACGAGGAUGAGGAGUUUGAGGCCACGGCAUUGGGAUUCCAGGACAAGUUCCGUCAGCUGAAUGGCAAAUUCCAGGAGAUACUCAUGCAAGAGUCAACUCUGCCCCAUCGCACUUCGGAGCUAUUGCAGAUGCAGCAUCUGAUGAUAGACGAUCUAAAGGGUGAGAUCAAUGAUAUUCGUACAGCUGAGAAGGAGCUGGAACUGGAGCAGCAACAGCUGAAGAAGGAGGAGGAGGAGGAGGACCAUAAGUGUAGCGAAAGUGUUGAUCUUCAAACAGACUCAAAAAUCAAGGAUGAGUUGGUGAAGCUGGAACCAGAGGCAGAGGCCAUUGUAGACAAGUUUGAUUUGCUUAAAAACAGUGCUGAUGUCAACAAGGCCUUCAACAAGCCAACGCAGCAGCAGCAAUCGUGUGUCAAGCUGGAGGAAAGUAGCCAAGCAAAUGAAGAGCAGCCGGUUAAGAGCGAAGGCGGCCAGGACAAGGAUGCUGCCAGAUACAUCAAGAAGGACUAUGACAACUUUGACAUAGAGUCCGAGCUUACCACCAGCUUUAUUAUGAAGAAGGUGGAAAGUAAAACGGCGGCGGUCACCAAGAAUAGUGAGAAUAGCUUUGAAGAACCACAACAACAACAUAUCAAGGGCAAUGGAUUAGUAGAUCCUGUGGAUCAAGAUGAUGGCUGGUAUUGUCUGCAAAAGGAGCUCAAUCUGAUGAAUAAUGAGUCCAUGCAGCAGCAGCAGCUUACCGGCAACCAGCCACACCUCCCACAGCAGCCACAGCAUCAUCAACAGCACCCCCACUUUCUGGACAACUCCAGCUCCAACCACAACAACAACAUGAUGAGCAACAGCAGUAACCACAUGGCAGAUCUGUUUCCCAACGGCUGCAUUGACAAGAGCAACCAGAGCAGCACCAGCAGCAGCAGCAGCAACAGCAGUAGCUGUGCGAAAAAUAACAACUCCUCCUGCAGCGGACAGCGCGAGCAGCCACCAGUGGUGAUGGAUGCGGAGCAACAAAACCAAAACCAGCAUCCGGCCAUCAGUGAGUUCUUUAGCAGCGAUUCCGAUGUGCAAAAGUCGGUGGAGACGCGCCUGGAGGCCAUGUUUGGCGAGUCGCCCGUGCAUUUGGAUGUGAAGAGCAGCAGCGAUGCCCACGACAUUGAGUCCAACCUGGACGAGAUCUUUGGCGAUUCAAAAUCGCCGGUGGUUAAUCACAAGAGCAAGUUGGGCAUGUGGGUGCCUGAUGCCACAUUCAUGCAGCAACAGGCGCCGCCACAGCAGCAAUAUGCGGCAACAACCCAGCCAGCACCACAGCAGCAGCAGCAACAUCACAUCGAACUCAACUGCAACAACAAUCCCCGUUGGAUGCAGAGCAUGGAGGCGCACUACAGCGAUUUCCUGUCCAGUGGCACGAGCAACGGCGGUGAGCUGGUGAAUGGCGGCGGCGAUUCGCGGAAGCGGAGCUGGGACAGCCAACUAAUGGGGUCCGGCAGCGAUAUGGAGGAUGACAACAGCAGCAGCAAGCGGCUGUGCACAGCCUCUUCGUCCUCCUCGUCCUCCCCCAUGUCCUCGCAGCAGCAGCAGCACGUCCAAGUGCCGCAACACGGACUCUUGGAUGCAACGGACAUGCUGCCCACUGGCUUCCCGCAGAUGUUGAUGGAGCAACAGCAGCAGCAGCAGCAACAUGGCUUUGCCUACACCAACAUGAUGGACACACAGCAGCAGCAGCAGCAGCACUUCCAACACAAUAUGCAGCAGCAGCAGCAGAUGCAACACCAGCAACAGCAGCAGCAGAUGCAUGUGGGCCACAUGGGCGGAGUUGCUGCAGUGGUGUCCGGUGGCGGGGAGUAUGACGACGACAUCAGUCGUCAUGUGGCCAGCGCCAUUGACAGCAUCCUCAACCUGCAGAACAGCGGCGACUCGCUGCAGUUCUCCUUGGGCUCGAUUCUGGGCGACAGCAUGCUGGACGAUCAGCGGCAGGCCGCCGCCAAUCUGCCAAGCUGCCAGCAGGAGCAAGUGCAUCAUCAGCGACGCCGGCAGCUGGGCGAGGAAAUGAACGAUUGCCUGAUCAGUGGUGGCGGUGGAUCUGUCGGCGGUGUGGCGGACAACAACAGUAGCAGCAUUUUGCUAGAACACCACCAUCACCAGCAACAGCAGCAUCAGAUGCAGAUGCAGCAGGGCCACCACCAGCAGACGCACCUGCAGCACCACCACCACAGCCACAGCCAUAGUAGCAUGGCGCAGCAGACCCAGGCGCAGCAUCUGGGACAGCUGAACGACUUCAGUUGCGUGGCCGGCGGUGGUCUGGACGAUCCUGUGAAAUCGAUCAUGACCUCCUGACUUGGAGCCCCGCCAGCCACGGCAGCGGAAAAUGCAUCCUCGAACAGUCUGAUACUAGAGUUUAAUGCCACGACCUUAUGAAGAGCGUUAGAUAGCAGCGGUGACUUCCCGAUUGUAUAAAGAGAGAGCGAGAGCUCGUUUUAGUUAUUGUUUGUCCCCCUUCCGAGCCUAGACCUAAGUUUAAAUCGUAGCAUAAAUUGUUUAACUCCCAUUUGUUUUGUAUAUGUCGGAGAUAUCCGUUAUUUAAUUUAACCGUAGUCGAGCCAG